AUGAGUUCAUUGCCGAAUCUGUCUAAUCAUUUGUCGGUGACACCACUGGGAGGAGGAACCCACAGACAUCGAAGGUCAGCAGCAAUAUCUGGUGAUUUUGAUGCCAUGGGCUUAGGCCUCUUCUCUCCAUCUCCUAGCUCCAAUGAACCCGAUUUUCAGAAGCACUAUAAUUUUAACAAUUGCGAAGAUUUUACAAACAAACCUAGUUCAAGCGAGUUUUCGUUCCCA